AUGUGUCGCCUCGUGCUCUUCGCGGGCACUUGCGUCCGCUGCAACGAGUCCCUCACCUGGGCCGACCUCUCGCAGCAUCUCUCGUGCCUCGAGGCCAAGAACGCCGACAGCUUCGGCGGGUGCCGCCGAGGCGUCGACGUCGAGACCCACCCCUUCGACCAGGAGUGCGACGCCUGCGCAGGCGAGGACGAGGGCGUUGCCGGCAUGGACUUUGGGGGGCAGCAAUAUCAGCAGUACCAGCAAGCAUUGGCUUCGUCGUUGUCGGCAUCCCGGAGCUCUGGCAAGAGGAGCGGCGGCGGCGGCUGCGGUGGUGGUAGAGAAGAGGGAGAGGGGGGGGAGAAGAAGAGGGCGAGGACGUGA